AUGACUGGCUCGAGGGGACACUCCGUGGUUCAGUCGACUUCGCAAGUCGUUAACGCUCCUUUUGUGAGAAAGGCAUCGAUGGCGAAAGAGGUUGGGAAGACCCGAAGCAGCAAGAAGAAGACCAGCAAGCCCACCUCAGGGUCCGACACAGAGAAAGAACCAUCCAAGAUGUCUUCAAGAUCAUCAAGGCACUCUUCCUCCUCCAUCUCAAAACGGGACAAGCCCUCGUCCAAGACCAAGAAGACCGACGACUGGACCGAGGUGACCGAGCCCGAUGAGAGGCGGCGCAUCCAGAACCGGAUCGCCCAGCGCAAGUUCAGAGAGAAAGCGCGCGAACAAAAAGACCGCGCAGCUCGCGAUGCCCAGAACCAACAGUACGCCGGCUCAGCAUACCACAUCCCCGACGCCGAAGACCUGACCUUCGACGACGGCGGCGACCUAUCCGGCCUCCCCUGGGGCGGGCUCAACAUGCGGCACGUCGUCGCGCGCGGGCACGCCUCGACCAGCACGGGGCAGCACACGCACAGCCACAGCGGCCACACGGGCGGCAGCAGCAGCAGCGUCAUCCACGGCGGCGCCGUCACCGCGAGCAGCACACCCGGGCCCGGGCCGGCCGUCGACCACUCCUCGCUGUACGGGCACCCGCACAUGAGCCCCUACGCCGGGUACGCGCCGCAUCCGGUGACGGCGGCGGUCCACGGGCAUGCCGUCAUGGUGGAUGCGGCCGGGGAGGUCUACCAUGGCUAUGAUACGCCGUACGCGGCGGGGGGGUACUACGACUUUGAUCCGUCGGGGGCGGACCAGGGCCAUGGGAUGUGA